UUCUCUACAAUACAGUUACAGGCCAUAUUCGUGAGUUACCUUACGGUGCCUACUUUUCUAGACCACCCACGUAAAUAAUGGCGGUACCAACACAGCGAUCGAAUUUAAUAGUCACCAAGAGUCAGAGGAAGAGAAGAGAAGGGGAGAGAGAUGGAAGAGGAGUGGCUGGUUCAGGGUCAGGCUCUGAUAUGGGAGCACAUCUUGGCCUUCGCCACCUCAAUGGCGCUCAAAUGCGUCGUCGAGCUCGGCAUCGCCGACAUCAUCGAGCAGAACGGCGGCCCCAUGACUCUGCACCAGAUGGCUAACCAGCUGCCGACGCCCUCGCCGGACCUCCACUGCCUCCGGCGCAUCAUGAGAGUCCUCGUCCACAAACGCGUCUUCGCGCAGCACCAGCCCACCGGCAACAGCGGCGAGCCCACUUUCGGCCUGACUGCAGCCUCCAGGUGGUUGGUCAAGGACGGGGAGCUCACCCUGGCGCCCAUGGUCCUCAUGCAUAGCCACCUCACCUUCUUGGUUCCAUGGCAUUGCUUCAGCAGGUGCGUGAUGGAGGGCGGCGUGGCCUUUGAGAAGGCCCAUGCUGGCGUCAAUCUCUGGGGGUAUUGUUCCCGUGACCCUGGAUUUGGCAAGUUAUUCAACUCCGCCAUGGCCUGCAACACCAAGCUCGUGACCAAGGCGAUUAUAGACGAAUACGAGGACGGGUUCCGGCAACUCAGCUCGCUUGUAGACGUCGGCGGCGGGGUCGGAACUGCAGUCGGCGCGAUCGUCAAGGCGUAUCCACACAUCACGGGGAUCAACCUGGACCUCCUCCAUGUUGUGGAAACUGCACCAGACUAUGAGGGCGUCACCCAUGUGGGUGGUGACAUGUUCGCUGAGAUUCCCAAGGCCGAUGCCGUCUUCAUGAAGUGGAUUUUGCAUGACUGGGAUGAUGAGAACUGCUUGAAGAUACUGAAGCAAUGCCGGAAAGCGAUUCCAGAGGAGACGGGCAAACUGAUAAUCGUGGACGCCGUGUUGCAGCCCAGCGAAGAAGAGGCGUGGGCCGAUACGCGGAUUCUCUCCGACUUGGCGAUGAUGGCGCACACAUCCGGUGGAAGGGAGAGGACGGAGAUGGAAUGGAAGAAUCUGCUGGAGGAAGGAGGGUUCAAUCGCUACAACAUCAUCUCCCUCCGUUCCCUUCCAUCGCUCAUAGAAGCGUUUCCCAACUGAGGCAAAGAAUAUUGAACCAGCUGGUAGCUCCAUGGAUGGAGUUGAAGAAGUUGCCCAAGUAGGAUGGCGGCUCCAAAGCUCUUGUGAUUGUAGUGAAAUGGGUUUGAUAAAAUAAGUUAGUUGCCGUCCGGUUAAAUCUUAGUUCCUGGCCGUGCUUAGUAUCGGUUCAGGCGCCUUUAAUUUAUGUUCUGUGCAA